GCUGUUCCUAUAUGGCUGUGCUUAUUUUCUUCCUGGCUUAUAUAUGACAUAUUUAUGUAUAUAACGUGCCCAGAUAAUGCAUUGUUUUUGUGUCAGAGGAGACUUCAAGCAAAUAGUACAGCCUCCGACCAAGCCCUAGGGUGGUGACACCCCCAUUUUGCCGUUGGUACGCUCCGCCUCCAGCUGACCGGCCUGGAAUCACGGUUUGGAUCCUCGGACUGGUCGCCCCGGAGUCUCCGUGUAGUGUCGGCCUUCCCCCAGGCACUUACCUUGUGAAGGUCCCGGACAGCUCAGGGGUGACCGGGAGAGUGAGCGGUUCGGAGGCCCCGGCCUUGCUGUAGUGAGAAGCCGCCCAGGCCCUGUCCCCCCGGAUACCCCGCAGCCUCCCCGCGGACCCGGCCUCAGAAAUGGGAGACACCGGCAGUGAGCGCAGCAAGCCACCCAGCCUUCCCCCGCGCUGCCCCUGCGGAUUCUGGGGGUCCAGUAAGACGAUGAAUCUCUGUUCAAAAUGUUUUGCGGAUUUUCAGAAGAAACAGCCAGACGAUGACUCCACCCCCAGCACAAGCAACAGCCAAUCAGAUCUAUUCCCCAGCGAGAUAAACAGCGACAACGGAAAUACCUCUAUACCCUCGCAGAGCCGUAGUCCCAGCCAGCAGCUAUUGACAGACCUGAAUGUAGCCUCCCCCAGUGAUGACGAAUGUGGGCCCUGCACAGAUACAGCUCACGUCUCUAUAACCACGCCAACCAAAAGAUCCUGUGACUCAGAUUCCCAGUCAGAAGAUGACGCUUCUCCCAUGAAACGACCUCGGCUACUAGACAGCGAGGAUGGGCCCGACAGUAGCCGCUCCAAACAGAAGAGCCGCCGUCGCUGCUUCCGCUGCCAAAUAAAACUGGAGUUGGUACAACAGGAGUUGGGGUCGUGUCGCUGUGGUUACGUGUUCUGUAUGUUACAUCGUCUCCCGGAACAGCAUGACUGCACAUUCGACCACAUGGGCCGCGGACGUGAAGAGGCUAUUAUGAAAAUGGUUAAACUAGACCGGAAAGUGGGAAGGUCCUGCCAACGUAUUGGCGAGGGCUGUUCCUGAGUGCCAUAAUCUUCAACCAAAUGCUGUUUCUCUUAGUUCACUAAUGUUAGCCUUAUUUAGGACAAAGUCAAGCAGGCUCUCACUACUGAGCAAGUCACACACUACAGCCAAUCAGGUUUCUUCUUUUGUUUUUGAAAACCAUGCAGGUACUUUAAAUGAAUGAGGUUGUUAGUGGAUGACUAUUGGCCACACAAUGGCUGUUGGCCACUAGGGAAGCACCAGGAAUUUAUUUAAACUUUAUAAUUAUUAACGCUGUUCAUUUUUCCGUUACACUGAUUAAAAGAAAACAAAAAAUGUUAUGUCAUUCUCCAAACUGUUUUAUAGUUGGACCAUCUAAUUCACUCAUUGUUUGGUGUAGCCCAUAACCAUUAAUUAUAAAUAAAAGUUGGGUUCAUACUGAUCGUCCACUGUCACGUGACAUUGCCGGUGAAGUUUGCGAUGGCCACUCCUGUCCAUAUCAUGUGUGUCUGAGUGUUCUAUUACCAACAUCAGGGAUUUCACUGGGCAGGAGCAUCCUCCCAGUCAGGUUAUCAGGUUUUUAAGUAUAAUAACAAAGACCCGGCGGUUAGUCGUCGUCUUUCUGGGCUUGCUAUCUGAGACAUAAACAUUUUGUGGGUUUUUUGAUCUUUGCCUCACCCCCUGUACCUGUAAUUGAUUAAUGUAACAAGUACAUACUAUGAGAGCUACUUACUGACUACAACAGCCUACCCCACCAGCCUUAACCUGAUUGGCUUUUGUUUGCAAUUUGCCAAGUGAUGGCUUUGUGGUCAUAUAAGGCCUACUCACAGCACAGUAGCCAUGGCUGGAGCCUACAGACCCACUUUCUGUACUAUACAUAUACUGGGGGGAAAGGACAUAUUUUAUAGCAAACGGAACUCAGUAACAUUGUUGAGGAACAACCACAAAUAACUCCCCUCAUCAACUUGACUUUUGUAAUGUUCCCCUCCGAACUGUUAGCUUCUAAAGCAAAACGGCUCAACGGCCUUCAUUCUAUGCAGCCUAAGGGGGAGGGGGGGGGGGGGUUAGGAUGUUAAAGCAUGUUUAGUAAAUGAGAGAUGACUGGAAAAUAACAAGUAAUCCCAGAUGAUUGAGUGCUGCAAAAUGUCUGGGGAGGAGCAUUUAAUUAUGGGUGAUGCUUUAUAAAGAACCUUACGCAAGGUCUAAAACUUUCAAGGACUACAGAGUACCCAUGUCUCAUUUUCAUUAAAGUCACUUGCUUUUGUCUUAAGGCUUUGUCUUGAGCGCUUUCUCAGAUCUAAGACUGUUUCGCAUAGAGUUCCUCAUGACUGACUGCACUUUGAAAUUCAGUUUUCUUUUUGUGUUAAAGCCACCUUGAUAGUAAUAGCUAAUGAACUUUUAGCAUGUUUUCUUUUGUACACAGUUGACUUGGUAUUUCAGGUUUGUUGGCACUUAUGCACUCAAGGGAAUUUCAGCUGUUCGAGAAGAAUAGGUUUCCACUAUCACAAUGAAGUUUAUAAAAGUGGUAUCGGAAGAUUGAGCUGGAAAUGUCCAAGUUUAGGAUUCAUAAUUACAAUUACCUCUUCUGUGACCAAUUAUACCUGUCUGUAGCACAUAGCAAAAAGACAUGUAAUCCCACCGCUGCCACCACUGUUUUAUGAUAAACGGGAUUUCUAGCCUCUUGUUUCUUUCAGGAACCGAACUUCUCUCAACAGUGAAAGAAGAUCCAUGCAUCUUCUGUGAUUGUUCAUCUUGCAAUUGCCACAAAGACCACUAUGUACCACAUAUGCCACGUGAUGCUGUAAAAUACAAUAGGCUUUUAGUCCUGAUUACUUUUUUUUUUACCAUAACCAACACGCAAGCCCUGUUCCUCAUAAAAAUGAAGAUAAAGGCUUUUUCCUCAUCACCCAUGAUUCUGGACACAAGAUUAGUUGAAAGGUGGCUGAAGCAAACACUACCAUGAACAUUUUAUUGGGAAUUAUGGACAGUUUGCAAUACAAUGAUAAUUCACUGGGUUGUUCCUUUGCAGUAUCUGUUCUGUGAAGUUUGUUAAAUGUAAGGAAAAGUUUAAUUUCUUGUAUCUUAAAGAAAAUCUUAUUUAACCAUUUUUGUGUUCUAGAUUUACUUAACACAUGUAGCCUAGAACUGUUUUAGUUUAACAUUGUAUAAAUAUAAAAAAAAAAUAUUGUAACUUUAUUCUUUUCUCCCCUUCCUGCUGAAAGAAAAAAAAUAAACGGAUGAGAUUCAA